AUGUAUCAGGACUCCGACAUCAUCCAGUCGAAUAAACUAGUCGUGGGGCCUGAUCCGUCUUUCGCUCAAUUCGCCGUUCAAGUGGACUCCCGCACCUUCGCUGAUAUACUACGAUUCGCCAAAUUAUCAAUGCAAAUGUUCUUCCCAUUGGGUUUCUUGAUUGAUUUCGACUGUAGGGAUAAAUCCUGGUUCCACGACUCUAUACGCUCCGAUGCAGCGUAUCUGCAUCUCACCGUGUCCGCAUCAGAGGUGUUCAUGGGCUCGGUUCACGGCCGACAGAAUGCCGAUGAACUACUUGCUAAUCGCAGGACCAUGCUCCAUUUUGCAAAGGGCGUGCAGAUCCUCCGCGAGAGACUGACGGGCGUCGAUCUCCAGACAAAAAUAUCCGACUUCACUGUACGAACCGUACUAAUGCUAGCCAUGACAGCGCAUCUGAUGGGCGAAUCGGAGGUCGCGCAGAAACACAUGGAGGGCAUUCGAACAAUCAUGGAUCUUCGAGGAGGUCUGCGCUUAUUUGAAAGCCAGAAGAUUCUCAUCGAGCUGUUCAGAUGGGACCUAGGCCUCGCCCUCCAAAACAACACCACGCCCAUGUUCUUCAGAGACAAAUUCCUCGAGCCACUCACUCCAUUCCCCACCAUCUUCAACCCCACCUUGAACCAAAUUAACAAUCCCCUCCUCCCCCAACUUCAUUUAGACCCAACCCUAAAGACAACCUUUCACGUCCUCCAAAACUUUUGCACCCUAAUCAACACAAGCAUCACCGAGACCCCCCAACGCCGCCUCUCCCCAGACAUCAUCCCUUCCACGCUCUCCUCCGUAAUGUAUCGUCUUCUCCAAAUGCCUUUCCCCAUGAACAGCAACAACGAAGCCUUCCGUCUAGGUCUCCUCACCUUCUGCCAUCAUACCUUCCUUCAGUGGCAGGAUAAGACACUGCCUUUCGUAUAUUUCCCUGCCUCGUAUCAAUCAUGUCUUUUGUCGUUGAUGGAACAAUGCCAACGUCGUCAAGAUGAGGAGGAGGAUUCCUCGGAACUUAUCCUCUGGCUUUUGAUGGUCGGGAUCCUUGCAUUGCCGCCGCUGCCGUCGUUUCUGGGGACGGAUCUCUGGAUGAGGGGGUAUUUGCGGGAAUGGUUGGAGAAGUUGGAGAUCAGGACGUGGGGGGAGUUGCGAGGGAUUAUGAAGAGGUGGGUGUGGGUGGAUUUGAUGCAUGAUCUUGCUGGGGAGGGAGUGUUGGGUGAUGUGCUAAAAGUAUAA